CACCUGCUGCCUCUAUUUUUUUCUAUUUGCACGAGAUUGUAGAGUUGAUGCUGCACAAUUUAUCGUUGUUGAACACGUGACUUAUCUCACAACCCAACAGGUAGUCCCUUAGUGUAAGAUAACAUUUUAUCUCAUCUGUUAAAAUCUGUUCAUCUCAUUAUCUGAUUGAACAAUUAUUUUUGUCAUCUGAUAACAUCCAACUGGUCUGUUCUUCAACCACAACACUACUUUCGACCAGGCUCAUGUGAGGCUGGUAAUGAAAACAUGACAUUUGAGACAUCUGCAGACAAGGAAGGAGGUCACAAAGUAGGCAGGUUCUUUGAAAGGGUCUCUGAAUCCAGAUGAGCUAGUUUCUGGAGGCAUUGAACGCUUACAACUAGGCAUUUCCUGUGUGACAAUAAUUAUUUGCCCUUCGAGGCAGCCUUGGUCAGUAAAAACAACUUGCUGAUGCAAGUCUGAGACAGACAGUCCUUAAAACCAGCAGGUGGUAGCAUCUCUAGUCUGCUGUACUCCAGUGUGACAUGGGUGCCCAAAGAAGAAACGGUUAAAACUCCUCUGUGAAAGUGUAGGGUUUGAGUUGAAUUUCAGAAUGUGUGAAUAGAAUAUGUUUUGGCAUGAUGGCAAUGUAUCUCAGUCCAAACAGAAAAAGUACAGUAGGCCUACAAAAUAUCCCAACCUCUUGUAAUAUUUAUUUACUGUUUACCUGGCCACAGUGAAUGUCUCCAGUUCCCAGUCAUCUUAGAGAAACUGAAGUUUCAGAGCACCUCCAGCAGAUGGCAGGUCUGGCCCAGUCGCUGCAGGUGGAGGGCCUUCCCUCUGAUGUGGAGCACGACCGCCUUGUUGACAAGCUCCUGAUCCACUUCCUGCGGCCCAGCAAUGGGGGAGGCGAGGUGCUGUCUGUUACUGUCAGCAAAAGCAGACCUCCAUCUGCCCUCGUCACCUUUGAGGAUGGAAAAGUGGCACAGAGCGUACUUGACCACCAUCCGCACAUUCUUGAGUUGGAUGGCCAGAGGCAUGAACUCCUCGUGACUUUAGUCAGCCCAUCACCCAGCAACCCAGACAAGGUUAUCCUCAAAAUGUCAGUGACUGUGAAUUGCGAGCAGCUACCGCAGGGUAAAAGGGCAGUUACCAGCCUGCAGCGACGCUUCCCAAAUCUACGCAUCCAAACCUCCUCCACAGAAGAGCAGUGCUCUCUUAGUGGACCAUACUCUCAGGUGCAGCAAGCUGUGGCAUCUAUCCUGCAGCUUCAUGAAAGCAGGGCUGGGGAUGAUGGCAGAAGGUCAGAGGAGCAAAACGGACUUGUCCCUGCAGCACAGUCACAACCAGAGCAAACGUGGGUUGAGCCAAAUGGACUUCCCAGUCUACUGCCUGCACAGACUCUGGGUUCGUCUGCCGCAGGACGAGAAGUGGAAAACUUGGGCACGGAAGGGGGAGCGUUCACCCUGCCAGAAAAUCACCUUUCGUUGUUGGGUGCUCAGGAGGAGUUGAAAAGUGACACUGAGGUGAACGACCUCUUUUUGAUCAUGGACUCGGACUUGUUCCAGUACCUGCGAAGGUGCGGGGAGUACCAGCGCAUCCUGAGGGACCACGAUGUGGAGGUAGUGGACGAGACCAACCAAGAGCUCACCACACUUUUCUUCCAGGCCAGGUCAAAAGUCACGGCCCCGUCAGGGAGGUCAGGAUCCGAGGGCACAGGACGCGCGCUGAAGCACCUGGUACGUGCACAGAAGGAGCUGAUGAAGCUUCAGCAGAGUCGAGAGGUUUCACUGCGCAAGGACAAAGUGAGUAAGAGAGCCCUAUAUCCUCAAGGAGGACUCGUCAAAACCCUGGACAGCAUCCAGAGCUUGAUGCCAAAACUCCUGCUUAACCAAGACGAGGAAUAUGUGUACAUCGUUGGAGAGAGCAGUGAUGUGUCCCAGGCUAAACAGCUUCUUUUGCUUGGGUUUCACAAUGCACCGGAGGAUGUUGGUGCGUCUGCACCGUCACCAUCCCAUUCCCCUCUACCGACUCUUUCCUCAGCCUCCAGCCCCUCAGAUGUAAGCCAAGGGGAGAGGCUGGAGCCCAGACCCCCGGCGGAGGAGGCUAGGCUGGGCAAGAUGCUCCGUAGCUCCGGUGGGGACCGCAAGAUGGAGUAUAAACUGGCAGCACGAUUCAAGAGCUCAGGGGUGGGUGGAUUGGGUGUUGGACUGGGGUCUCGGCCUGGAGACUUGACCAGUGACCUGAAGGACCAAAGAGACACCGAUGUGCAAAGGUUAUUUGCUAGAAACGGUGGAACAUCUGGCUCCUCGAGCACCUCGCCAGGUACUGAAGACCGGGCCUUGCUGGGAGCUACGGGAAUAGAUUUCAGAGCAAUCUCGCCACCCGACCGGACAGGAGAGGAUAUCCUAUUCAGAGGCCCCAAUUUACAGCCUCCUGCAGCAAUUUCCUUACCCAGCGGUUCACGCUCACCAUUUACAGUCCCACCAACACAAACGGCUUUUGAUGUGAGCACUCUUCCUCCAGCUGGUCUUCCUUCAGGAUCGGGGACUGGUCUCAAGAGGGCGAAUAGUUUUUCUGGCAGAUCCCGACGAAAACCGGAGGAGGAACACAAGGGGUUGACUGGGCCCGUUGCUGUCCCAACUCUUCGCAGGUCCAAUAGCGUCACCAGCAUCGUUCACUCUGCGGAGGUCAUGGUGUCACAGUUGAUGUGGUCCCACAUGAAGGAGGCUUACAGCACACGCCUAGAUGACAUGAUGUCAGACUUGCAGAUGUCAGAGAGAAAGUCGGAAACGGACAACUGUAUUAAGGUGGUUCUGAAAGGGGCGGAGUCUAGCGUUGUGACUUUUUGCCAACAAGAGCUGCAGAAACUCGUUUCCAUGGUGUCAUCGGACUUUACCAUUGUGGAGUUGCGUCUAUCCAAUUUGGGAGUUGCCGACGGCGAUGAGGUCUUUGAGGCUUGCUGUGUGGAUCUGCGCGCACGUUUCAGGAAGGUUAGCCAGCGAAUGGUAAAUGGGAGUCUGUACCUUAUUGGCCCAAAACUGCUGUGCACACAGGUGAAUGCUGCACUGAGGGAGGUGUUUUCAGGGGAGAUGACGCAAAAAGACUCCUCAAACCUCAAUCUGAAACUAGGGCCCUCUUCAAAGGAUGCCUUGGGUUACAACCUCACCCCUGAAGGCCAUCUGUCCAGCACCAUUGACGCAGAAAAAAAUACUAAUCGCAAGACAGAACCCCGGAAGCUCUCAUCACAAACCACAGAAAAUACUGUCAGAAUGAAAUUUGACAAUACAAGAACAGUGGAGAGUAUCACAGCAGAACUUAGCCAGCCAGUUGUUAAGAAGGAUCCCGUUGUCAGGGAGAAGGUUGAAAGAAGUGGGAGCAUCUCAGGUAGGACCAGCAAGAAGUAUACAUCAUCACUAAGCCCAUCAGUGGACACAAACCCAGAAGCAGCAGCUCAAUGGCUGGACGAAACGUCAUCACCCUCACCAAGAUCAGAAUUGAUGAAGCAGACUAAUCUUCAUUCCGGCCUUCUCAAGACUUCAUGCCUUUUAUGCAAUGGAUCACUGCCUUCACAGCCCUUAACAGUGUGUGGUUUGAGCUUGUGUGUCAAGUGCUUCUCUCAGCAUGGCCAUUGCAAGCUCUGCUUCAAGAAAGGGACCGAGCGGGAGCGGGCACCUCAGGACCAAAAGAAACAGGAGCGGACCAAAGCUGGGCAGGACCAAGCCUCUGCUGUCAAAGAAAAGGAGCCUGGCAUCCGUGGCAACAUGAACAUCGUGGAGCUUCAGUUGACCCUGGCGGGCCAUGUCAGGGACACCACUGCCAAGAUCACCUACCUCAUUCCUGAUGGCCUUCAAGCUGAGGGACAUCCUUAUCCUGGAUCGCCCUUCAGAGGGGGCUUUUUUGAGGCCUACCUGCCCCUCAGUGCAAGAGGGAAGAGCCUCCUCCCAUGCCUAAAGAGAGCUUUUCAACAUGGACUUACAUUCACCAUCUCACCAAGCUCCAAGGUGGUAUGGCACAACAUUCCCCACAAGACAAAAAUGGAAGGUGGUAAGAGUGGAAAUGGUUACCCAGACUCCAGCUACCUAAAUCGUCUGUCUGAGGCUCUGAAGGCUCAUGGAAUUGAAGGCGUGCCAGCAGCAGUGACGGUGGAAAAAAACAAACCACCUGACCUCAAAAACUUCCAGGUAGCCACGGUUCCUUUUGUCGUCGUAAUCAUGGCAGAGAGUAGGCCUAGAAGUGUUCUUUUUCAGGACCAGAUCACCUGUCCAAUAUGCCUGGGCACGCUCGAUGACCCAGUAACCAUUCCUUGUGGACAUACUUAUUGCGAUGGUUGUAUUAAAGACUGUUGGAAGGAGACAUGCAAGUACCGCUGCCCUGAAUGUCGCACCUCUUUCGAUACGCGACCUGCCCUCAACAAAAACACAAUGUUCGCUGAUGUUGUGGAGAAAUUGACGGAAUCUGGACGGCAGCACAUAGAACUACCUACAGAUACCGCGUAUGCUGGACCCGAUGACGCGAUAUGCAGUGUAUGCACUGGCAAGAUAAAAGCCGUGAAGUCAUGUCUAACAUGCCUGGCAUCUUAUUGCAUUAACCAUUUUCACCUUCACACUACACUUUCUGGGACAAAGCACACUGUUGUCGACGCCCUGGCAAAUCUUCAAGACAGCAUCUGCGCUGAACAUGAAAAGCUACUGGAGGUUUACUGUACCACCGACUCCCAGUUCAUCUGUUACCUCUGCGCCAUGGGCAGCCAUAGGGAACAUGAUACAGUUUCAGUUGCGGACCGCGCUGAGAAGCAGAGGCUGCUGGGAGUGGCCCAGCUGAAGUCCCAGGAGGGACUCCAGAGAAAGCAGAUGGAGGCGCAGGACCUGAGGAAAGCCAUGGACUCGCUCAAGAUGUCAGCCCAGGUGUCCGUGGAGGAGUGUGAGCGUGCGUUCUCGGAGCUGGUCCGCUCUGCAGAGGUGAGGUGUGCGGAGGUGACGAAGCUGAUCAGGCACCAGGAGGAGGCUGAGCUGAGGAGAGCCACUGGGCUCCUGGAGGAGGUGGAGAGGGACAUCAAGGAGAGGGAGGAGAGAGCCUCCGAGAUGAGGAGGCUGGCGGACAUGGACGACCACAUCGCUUUUGUUCUGAGCUUUUCAUCUUUGUGUGGCCCUGCUGUGUCUGAGGAUCCAAUCAGCACCAUAAUCACUGAUAUCCGCAGCUCAUUUCUGAACUUGAAAAAAUCUGUCUCUGACUUGCAAAAUCAAUUAGAAGAGCGCUGUAAGCAGGAAAUAGGUUUAUCUUAUCAAUCUGCUGGUUUUCCAUCAGCAUCAAUGACUGGUCUAAAGAGGGCGAACAGUUUCUCCGGCAGGUCCUACCAAAACAGAGAGGAAGAGAAGAACGAGCCACUGCCUGUGGCUGUCUUUGCUCUCCACAGGUCCAAAAGUGUCACCAGUAUUGUGACAGGGGCAGGUAUUGGGACAGGUCUCAAGUGGACGAGCAGUUUCUCCAGCUGGUCCCGACGAAAACUGGAGUUGACUGGGCCCGUUGCUGUCCCAACUCUUCGCAGGUCCAAUAGCGUCACCAGCAUCGUUCACUCUGCGGAGGUCAUGGUGUCACAGUUGAUGUGGUCCCACAUGAAGGAGGCUUACAGCACACGCCUAGAUGACAUGAUGUCAGACUUGCAGAUGUCAGAGAGAAAGUCGGAAACGGACAACUGUAUUAAGGUGGUUCUGAAAGGGGCGGAGUCUAGCGUUGUGACUUUUUGCCAACAAGAGCUGCAGAAACUCGUUUCCAUGGUGUCAUCGGACUUUACCAUUGUGGAGUUGCGUCUAUCCAAUUUGGGAGUUGCCGACGGCGAUGAGGUCUUUGAGGCUUGCUGUGUGGAUCUGCGCGCACGUUUCAGGAAGGUUAGCCAGCGAAUGGUAAAUGGGAGUCUGUACCUUAUUGGCCCAAAACUGCUGUGCACACAGGUGAAUGCUGCACUGAGGGAGGUGUUUUCAGGGGAGAUGACGCAAAAAGACUCCUCAAACCUCAAUCUGAAACUAGGGCCCUCUUCAAAGGAUGCCUUGGGUUACAACCUCACCCCUGAAGGCCAUCUGUCCAGCACCAUUGACGCAGAAAAAAAUACUAAUCGCAAGACAGAACCCCGGAAGCUCUCAUCACAAACCACAGAAAAUACUGUCAGAAUGAAAUUUGACAAUACAAGAACAGUGGAGAGUAUCACAGCAGAACUUAGCCAGCCAGUUGUUAAGAAGGAUCCCGUUGUCAGGGAGAAGGUUGAAAGAAGUGGGAGCAUCUCAGGUAGGACCAGCAAGAAGUAUACAUCAUCACUAAGCCCAUCAGUGGACACAAACCCAGAAGCAGCAGCUCAAUGGCUGGACGAAACGUCAUCACCCUCACCAAGAUCAGAAUUGAUGAAGCAGACUAAUCUUCAUUCCGGCCUUCUCAAGACUUCAUGCCUUUUAUGCAAUGGAUCACUGCCUUCACAGCCCUUAACAGUGUGUGGUUUGAGCUUGUGUGUCAAGUGCUUCUCUCAGCAUGGCCAUUGCAAGCUCUGCUUCAAGAAAGGGACCGAGCGGGAGCGGGCACCUCAGGACCAAAAGAAACAGGAGCGGACCAAAGCUGGGCAGGACCAAGCCUCUGCUGUCAAAGAAAAGGAGCCUGGCAUCCGUGGCAACAUGAACAUCGUGGAGCUUCAGUUGACCCUGGCGGGCCAUGUCAGGGACACCACUGCCAAGAUCACCUACCUCAUUCCUGAUGGCCUUCAAGCUGAGGGACAUCCUUAUCCUGGAUCGCCCUUCAGAGGGGGCUUUUUUGAGGCCUACCUGCCCCUCAGUGCAAGAGGGAAGAGCCUCCUCCCAUGCCUAAAGAGAGCUUUUCAACAUGGACUUACAUUCACCAUCUCACCAAGCUCCAAGGUGGUAUGGCACAACAUUCCCCACAAGACAAAAAUGGAAGGUGGUAAGAGUGGAAAUGGUUACCCAGACUCCAGCUACCUAAAUCGUCUGUCUGAGGCUCUGAAGGCUCAUGGAAUUGAAGGCGUGCCAGCAGCAGUGACGGUGGAAAAAAACAAACCAUGAAGAAGCAGAAGUGCACUAUUAAUUCCCUCCACAGCAGUGGAAAAUGUCCCGAUUUAGAGUGGAAAUAUUUGUUUCUUAAAUCCCUGUUUGUGACUACUUAAUCAUAAGCCACUCUAUGAUCAAAUUAUCCAAAUCUGUUUUUAAUCCUGUAAAUUGCACAUGUGAGAAAAGGAAAUAUUUGGAUGUAUUUUAGUGUUAAAUUUUUAAAAAGUUUUAUACUUUUGUACAGUAAAGACUAUCAAGAUAUCCAACAUGAUCUGUUUUUUAAAAGGUAACCGUGUGUGAUUAA